CGUGCGUCUAAUUGAACACAAUCAAUUCUGAUAAAAGCUAUCAAUACUCAACAAAUAUCAAAAUUCUUUCAAUUGCUCAUUUGAUACACAUCACGAGCUAUUGUUAAGUUAAAGUUAAACUUUUUUCAUUCAUUAAAGCAAUUAUGACUGAAUCUAAAAAAUCAGAAACUCAAAACUCUCCAAAAACCUAUAAAAAAUUCAAAGCUAAAGACAUCAACAGUGAAAACUUAAUUGAAUACGCAAUCAGAGACUUACAACCAAGUCAAUAUGAUGCAGCUAUUAAAAUCAUUUAUGACACAAUCAGAGAUGAGCCACUGUCAGUGAGUAGAAGAAUUUUCGACUAUGAACAGACAAUUAAGGCUAAGAAAAUAGUUUGGAGGAACAUGCUAAAUAAAGGCUUGUCAAUUGGAUGUUUUACAGAAAGUGGAGAACUUAUUGGAUUGAAUGUGUUGUCAAUUGCAGAUAAAAAUGAAGAAAUCAAAAUUGAGACGACCGACAAGAACAUCAUCGACUCGUUUAAACUCAUGAUAUACACAAACAACGAAGCUGAUAUAUUCGGUAAAUACAACAUCGACAAAUACUUAACAAGCAUGGGACUAUGUGUGAACCCAGACUACCGGCUUAGAGGAAUAGCAACAGAACUUCUCAAAGUCAGACCACAAAUUAUGAAGAAUUUAGACUUGACAGUCAGUGUGACGACAUUUACAUCACUUGGAUCACAGACUGCAGCUAAAAAUGCUGGAUUUGAGGAUGUUUAUGUGAUUAGGUAUGAUCAAUUAAGCAAGGUGUCGCCAAAUUUGGAUUUUGUCAAUGGAAUUUCAGAUUAUUACAAAAUUAUGGCAUUGAGAAUUUAGAAUAUAUUGUUGGUCUUUGACUGUUGAACAGGAGGUGCGUACGGCGUAAAGGGUGAGGAUUAAAUCUCAUUAGCCUCCUGAAGACAUCAAUCUUAAAUUAAUUCUUUAUAAUCAUUCCACAAUCCGCAUACAUGAACUAUAAAUACUUUCAAUUAACAUUGACGUAGGUCGCGUUUACUAAAACAAUUUGUUUAUGUUUGAUUUUCUAAUAUGUAAAUAAGUUGACCUUGAGACUAAGAUUAAUACAGCAUGUAGUAAUCAACAUGUAGUUGCACAUCACACAGUAACAAUUUUCUAUUUAUAUUGUAAACUUUACAUUCGAAUUCAUGCAUGAAAGUGAAUAAAAAUCAAUUAAAUGAAUCUAAUGCAGUUGCAUUUU